AUGCCAUUUGAUGUUUUGAUAUCAAACCAAAAAGAUAAUACCAAUCACCAGAACAUCACGCCAAUAUCAAAAUCAGUUCUUUUGGCGCCUCAUUCAAACCAUCCAGUGAUUGAAAUAGCUACGUAUUCAGAAACCGAUGUAUACGAAUGCUAUAUACGUGGGUUUGAAACUAAAAUAGUGAUGAGAAGAACUAAAGAUGAUUGGAUUAAUAUUACCCAGGUUUUCAAAAUAGCUCAAUUUUCGAAGACGAAAAGAACUAAAAUACUGGAAAAGGAAUCAAAUGAUAUGCAACAUGAAAAAGUUCAAGGUGGGUAUGGUAGGUUUCAAGGUACUUGGAUCCCACUGGAUUCAGCGAAGUUUUUAGUCAAUAAGUACGAAAUAAUUGACCCUGUGGUCAACUCCAUCUUAACUUUUCAAUUCGAUCCAAAUAACCCUCCACCAAAGAGAAGCAAAAAUAGUAUAUUGAGGAAGACUUCGCCGGGAACGAAGAUAACUUCUCCAUCGAGCUACAAUAAAACACCAAGAAAAAAGAACAGUAGUUCAUCAACAUCGGCUACAACUACAGCUGCGAAUAAGAAAGGCAAGAAAAAUGCAUCGAUCAACCAGCCGAAUCCAAGUCCUUUACAAAACCUUGUUUUCCAAACUCCUCAACAGUUCCAAGUAAAUUCAUCAAUGAAUAUAAUGAACAAUAAUGAUAACCACACCACGAUGAAUUUCAACAAUGACACAAGACACAAUUUAAUAAAUAAUAUUAGUAACAACAGCAAUCAAUCUACUAUUAUUCAACAACAAAAAUCCAUUCAUGAAAACUCUUUCAAUAAUAAUUAUUCGGCAACUCAGAAACCUCUUCAAUUUUUUCCAAUUCCGACAAAUUUACAAAACAAGAACGUUGCUCUGAAUAACCCUAAUAAUAAUGACAGUAAUAGUUACAGCCAUAACAUCGACAAUGUCAUUAACAGCAGUAAUAACAAUAAUAAUGGCAAUAAUAAUAACUUGAUCAUAGUUCCAGACGGACCUAUGCAAAGCCAACAACAACAACAACAUCAUCAUGAAUAUUUGACGAAUAACUUCAAUCAUUCCAUGAUGGACUCCAUUACAAAUGGCAAUAGUAAAAAAAGGAGGAAAAAGCUGAAUCAAUCUAAUGAACAACAAUUUUACAACCAGCAAGAAAAAAUACAAAGGCAUUUCAAAUUAAUGAAGCAACCCUUAUUAUGGCAAUCCUUUCAAAAUCCAAAUGAUCACCAUAAUGAGUACUGUGACAGUAACGGCAGCAACAAUAACAACAACACUGUAGCAUCCAAUGGCUCCUCCAUUGAAGUAUUUUCAUCAAAUGAAAAUGAUAACAGUAUGAAUAUGUCUUCACGAUCUAUGACACCGUUCAGCGCAGGAAAUACUUCAUCUCAAAACAAGUUGGAAAACAAAAUGACAGAUCAAGAAUACAAGCAGACGAUAUUAACAAUACUAUCAUCGGAAAGGUCUUCUGAUGUAGAUCAAGCGUUGUUGGCUACUUUAUAUCCGGCGCCCAAAAAUUUUAACAUAAAUUUUGAAAUUGAUGAUCAAGGUCACACUCCACUCCAUUGGGCUACAGCUAUGGCGAAUAUUCCUUUGAUAAAAAUGCUAAUUACCUUAAAUGCUAAUGCAUUACAGUGUAAUAAGCUCGGUUUUAAUUGCAUCACAAAAUCAAUUUUCUACAACAAUUGCUACAAGGAGAAUGCUUUCGAUGAAAUAAUAUCCAUCUUAAAAAUAUGUCUUAUAACUCCCGACGUAAAUGGAAGAUUGCCAUUUCAUUAUUUAAUUGAAUUGAGCGUUAAUAAGUCCAAAAAUCCAAUGAUAAUAAAAUCUUAUAUGGAUUCGAUAAUAUUGAGCUUGGGUCAGCAGGACUACAAUUUGUUGAAGAUAUGUUUGAACUACCAAGAUAAUAUAGGGAACACUCCACUGCAUUUAUCUGCUUUAAACUUGAACUUCGAGGUUUACAACAGACUGGUAUAUCUUGGUGCGUCAACAGAUAUAUUGAAUCUAGAUAACGAAUCGCCUGCGUCAAUAAUGAAUAAGUUUAAUACUCCGGCUGGCGGGUCAAACAGCAGAAACAACAACACCAAGGCAGAUCGAAAGUUAGCUCGAAACCUUCCUCAAAAGAAUUAUUACCAACAACAGCAACAGCAACAGCAACCACAAAACAAUGUCAAAAUUCCAAAAAUUAUAAAAACUCAACAUCCUGAUAAAGAAGAUUCUACUGCAGAUGUCAAUAUAGCUAAAACAGAUUCUGAAGUCAACGAAAGUCAAUACCUGCAUUCCAACCAGCCAAAUUCUACAAAUAUGAACACUAUUAUGGAAGACUUGUCGAAUAUUAAUUCUUUCGUGACGUCGUCUGUCAUUAAAGAUAUAAAGUCUACGCCGUCCAAAAUUCUUGAAAACUCUCCCAUUUUAUACAGAAGAAGAUCACAGUCAAUAUCAGAUGAAAAAGAAAAGGCAAAGGAUAAUGAGAAUCAAGUUGAAAAGAAAAAGGAUCCCUUGAAUAGUGUGAAAACUGCCAUGCCAUCAUUGGAAUCGCCUUCUUCCCUUCUGCCGAUACAGAUGUCUCCACUAGGAAAGUACUCAAAACCGCUUUCGCAGCAGAUCAACAAAUUAAAUACAAAAGUUUCUUCUCUACAAAGAAUAAUGGGUGAAGAAAUUAAAAAUCUGGACAACGAAGUAGUAGAAACCGAAUCCUCUAUUUCUAACAAUAAGAAGAGAUUGAUUACAAUAGCACAUCAAAUAGAGGAUGCUUUCGAUUCCGUAUCAAACAAAACUCCCAUAAAUUCGAUAUCAGAUUUACAAUCAAGGAUUAAAGAAACAUCGUCAAAGUUGAAUUCUGAAAAGCAAAAUUUUAUUCAAAGCUUGGAAAAAUCUCAAGCUUUAAAACUGGCUACAAUUGUCCAGGAUGAGGAAUCAAAGGUUGAUAUGAAUACUAACUCAAGUUCACAUCCAGAAAAACAGGAAGAUGAAGAGCCAAUUCCAAAGUCAACGUCGGAAACUUCUUCUCCUAAAAACACCAAAGCGGACGCCAAAUUUUCUAAUACUGUACAAGAAUCAUAUGAUGUAAAUGAGACGUUGAGACUAGCAACGGAACUAACUAUUCUACAGUUUAAAAGAAGGAUGACAACAUUGAAAAUAAGCGAAGCUAAAAGCAAAAUUAAUUCAUCGGUGAAGUUAGAUAAAUACAGAAACUUGAUUGGUAUCACAAUUGAGAACAUUGACUCAAAAUUGGACGAUAUAGAAAAGGAUUUGAGGGCAAACGCAUAA